GCUCCACAACGCGAUGGGCAGCGCGCGAGGUGCGAGCAUGCGCGUUACCCGCUCCUUCAUAUAUCAUGAACUCUCUGUUUUUACACAAAUGUGGCGAAAAGCGACGUCGGAGGAGCUACUAACUCAGAAAAGCUUCUCCAACUAACCCUUUCUUACUGGCAGCGUUUGGUUUGAGGACGGUGUGAGGAGUUUCCGCGACGCUACAGAGGUUUUCAGGUUUGCCUGCGAGACAUUCCACUGAAAAACAUCCUGUGGUUUAUAAUAAAGUCUUCAUUAUGGCGAUGGAAUGCAUUAAAAACUGCUGCAGGAGUUUUCUGGUGGAGGAGAAAGAACCAGAGCCUCAGAUCAUUACAGUUCGACCCUUUGCAUCGCUGCAAGAGGCCGAAGUCAGGAAAAGUACGUUUGGCGUCUCGGAGGAUUAUCUUCUUUCCAAACUGCCUCCCGAUGGCAAAGAAAUACCCUUCGUACUCCCUUCGUUCAGAUCUUCCUACGUACAGCCACAAGGGAUGCAGUACUCCAGCUACCAGCCCGGACUACAGGGUUCAGCAAGAGCCACGUAUGCAGAGAGGAAGGCGGAGCUAUCUACUGUGGGUCAAAUCGCAUAUGACCCCACGUCCCCGAUUAACCUGGGUCAUGUGAUCAGCUACGUAUCCCCGAGGACCGUGAGACGACCCAUGCUGAGAGUCGGACACGCAUCAGCCUUCGACCAGAGCGUGAAGCAGAGACUCAGCGCCUCCAUGUUGGAUCUGUCGAGUCCUCACGGCCACAUUCAGCGCUAUGACUCAGUGAACAGUGUCCAGAGCAGCACGUCCUCCUUUCGGGAUUCCUUUGGAAGCAGCCGUAGCAUAGAAUCCAGCACAGUGUCGAGUGAUGACCGGGAGCGGGAUUUGGGGAAGGUGUGUGUGCGUCUGAGCUACCAGGAGGCGGUGGAGCAGGUGUGGAUCACACUGGUGCAGUGCAAGGAUCUGUGUGUGUAUUCCGAUGUUGGCGAGCAGCAGAGGGUUGGCUUUAAAGGGGUCAUCACCAUGGCAAAACCUGUACAGUUUAAGACUUCAGUAAAAGAGGCGACACCAGACGUGGUGUUUAUGGAGACGUUCGUAUUCACUCUAAACCUGGAGCAGCUGCACGGUUGCGCCCUGGUGCUGCGACUGCAGACACACACCCCUCGCAAGCGCACGCAGGGCGAGUGUGUGUUAUCUCUCCGGACGCUCGCGUCGCAGGAGACCGAGCACUGGCUGGACCUGAGUCCACCCUGCAAGACGCACUUUGUGAACUAUUCUACAACCCUCGCAGGUUUGUCACGCCGAGCUCCAGUUAUCCACCUGCUUCCAGCCGGUCAGCAGCCGAAUCCAGCUCCAGAUCCUCACCGCCCAGAACCUACCAUCAUCAUCAUCAUUCCUCACACAGAGUUUCUUCGUGAAAGUCGAGAUGUUCAGCGACGGACGCUUUACAAUGAAAAGGAAGACGAAGCUGGCAAAGCCGUCCGGAGGGCAGGUGCAGUGGGCGGAGUCCGUGCUCCUGCCGGUCACCGGUCAGGAUUACAACAUCCAGCUGUCGGUCAAACUCUACAGCCGUGGAUCUAUACGCAGGAAGUACCUGCUCGGACAGGUCGUCCUGGGUUUCGACAGCUCGUCACCGGACGCCGUGAAGCAGUGGACCGACUCCAUCACACACCCAGAGAGAGUGGUUACGGCAUGGCACAGACUGAGCCACUCCUGAGAGAGUGAGAGAUUACAGAGAGAGAGAGAGAAUGGCAGAAAGACAAACAAGUGGACUGGGUGUGCACCUGACAUGGGACCGGAGAAGUACACACACACACAUUUAUACACUGGGCCUUGUUUAUCAGACUGGAUAUGUACAGAUGUGUUCAUGAAUGGUGCACAGGAGCAUUAACACAGGAGAUCUGGUGUUAAUGACAAUCCAGUUAUUUGGGAAAAACGUUUGGAACCUACAUUUGUUCCUAAAUUCCCAUAUAAGGCUGCUCGUUAUAUGUCCAGUACACACUGUAUAUACUUCAUUUCUUUGUCUGAGUUUUCAAAUGUGCUUACGUUAACGAUGUGUUUACAGAGUAAAGUAUUAUCAUGAAUAUUUACAUGAUGCUGUCAGACGUCUCGGUAUAGUGUUUACUAUUAACAUUAGUGAAUGUGAUUCUCUCUGUCUCUCUCUCUCUCUCUGUUCCUUUAUGCAUCUGUUCAUUUCAGUUAAAGAAGAAGGUGUGGCCUCUGUGCUACAAGUCCUAAUAAAGUGGGUGUGGCGUCAUUGUAUGUCAAGUCUCCUGCCGUUAAUGGUGCUGUCGAUUAGGAAUUAGAUUUGAACAGAUUGGCGAUGUGGGACUGCAGCUUUCCUAAAGACGGAGCUGUAACUUAAUGUUACCUAAGCUUCAGAAAGAGUCCUCAAAAUCCAGAGCGCUUGUUUGUGGGUCACAGGCGGCUGACACACUUUCUAUUUUUUGGAGGUAAAUAGACUGAGUUUAAAAGAAAAUUCAGUCAUUCAAUCCGUCCUGUUGUACAGAGGGAGAGAGAGAGGGAGAGAGAGGGAGAGAGAGAAGGACAAAGAAACACGUUUGUUAGCAUGAAGUGCUCAUCUUUCCUGUAAUGUCCUUAACAAAAAUGUGUGUUUGUACUUUAAAUGACCUUUUCAUUGUGCACAUGUACACACUGACAUCACGCUUACGUACAGCAGUAGAUAGUUGUUACGUCUGUGAUGGUAUAUAACUGACAGUUUAGUGCAUUUUUAGAUUUUAUACUUUCUCAAUAUAUGAAGGGUUGAAUUAUUAUUAUUAUUAUUAUUAUUAUUAUUAUUAUUAUUAUUAUUAUUAUUAUUUUAUUUAAAAAAAAUUUUUUUUGCACCCUGACAUCACACCUGCUAAAGCUGGGUCAGAUCUCUGUAUAAAGUUUCAGGGGUCGGAUUCACGAAACAUUCUUAAGAAUAAAAUUAUUCUUAACUGCUUCUUAACUUAAAUUCCGAAUAUUUUGUGUUCCCAAAAAUUCUUCUUAAGAAUGUUCUUUUUUUUUUUUUUUUUUUGCUUAAGAUUGUUUCUAAGACAAAA